AUGACUCUGAUUGCUGUUGUGCUUGUUGGAAGCUACCAGCAACACCUGAAACCAGGUGGUGACCAGCAACGUAGCAACAAAGGUAACAAGCAGAUUCCUGCCAAACCAGGUGAAGACAACCAACCAGGAAAAUAUCCACACCCCGGUAACGAAGACAAACCACAUAAAGACAACAAACCAGGAAAAUAUCCAAAACCCGGUAACGAAGACAAACCACAUAAAGACAACAAACCAGGAAAAUAUCCAAAACCCCGUAACGAAGACAAACCACAUGAAGACAACAAACCAGGAAAAUAUCCAAAACCCGGUAACGAAGACAAACCACAUAAAGACAACAAACCAGGAAAAUAUCCAAAACCCGGUAACGAAGACAAACCACAUGAAGACAACCAACCAGGAAAAUAUCCAAAACCCGGUAACGAAGACAAACCACAUAAAGACAACAAACCAGGAAAAUAUCCAAAACCAGGUAACGAAGACAAACCACAUAAAGACAACAAACCAGGAAAAUAUCCAAAACCCGGUAACGAAGACAAACCACAUAAAGACAACAAACCAGGAAAAUAUCCAAAACCCGGUAACGAAGACAAACCACAUAAAGACAACAAACCAGGAAAAUAUCCAAAACCCGGUAACGAAGACAAACCACAUAAAGACAACAAACCAGGAAAAUAUCCAAAACACGGUAACGAAGACAAACCACAUAAAGACAACAAACCAGGAAAAUAUCCACACACCGGUAAGGAAGACAAACCAGAUAAAGACAACAAACCAGGAAAAUAUCCACACACCGGUAAGGAAGACAAACCAGAUAAAGACAACAAACCAGGAAAAUAUCCACACACCGGUAAGGAAGACAAACCAGAUAAAGACAACAAACCAGGAAAAUAUCCACACACCGGUAAGGAAGACAAACCAGAUAAAGACAACAAACCAGGAAAAUAUCCACACACCGGUAAGGAAGACAAACCAGAUAAAGACAACAAACCAGGAAAAUAUCCACACACCGGUAAGGAAGACAAACCAGAUAAAGACAACAAACCAGGAAAAUAUCCACACACCGUUAAGGAAGACAAACCAGAUAAAGACAACAAACCAGGAAAAUAUCCACACACCGAUAAAGACACUACCCCAACAACAACCACUACCCCCACAAUAACAACCACUACCCCAUGUGCAACAACCACAACCCCAACGACAACAACCACUACCCCAACUACAACAACAACUACCCCAACAACAACAACCACUACCCCAACUACAACUACCACAACCCUGACAACAACCACCACUACCCCAACUACAACAACCACUACCCCAACAACAACCACUACUCCCACCACUACCCCAACUACAACAACCACUACCCCAACUACAACUACCACGACACCAACAACCACAACCCCAACGACAACAACCACUACCCCAACUACAACUACCACGACCCCAACAACCACUACCCCAACUACAACUACCACGACCCCAACAACCACUACCCCAACUACAACAACCACUACCCCAACGACAACAACCACUACCCCAACUACAACAACCACUACCCCAACUACAACUACCACUACCCCAACAACAACAACCACUACCCUGCGGUUCCAGCAGAUAACAGUCUACAGUGUCACGUUUGUAACCCCAGCACCUCUGAUUGCAGCCUUUCAAUACAAUGUAAGGGAACAGAGGAUCGCUGCUUUCAAGCCAGUGACGACAACAACCACUACCCCAACUACAACUACCACGACCCCAACAACAACAACCACUACCCCAACUACAACUACCACUACCCCAACUACAACUACCACUACCCCAACUACAACUACCACUACCCCAACAACAACCACCACUACCCCACAACACUACCCACCUACAACAACUCUACCCACAACCACAACCACUACCCCAACUACAACAACCACUACCCCAACUACAACAACCACUACCCCAACUACAACAACCACUCCCCACAAACAACCUACCCCAACCACUACCCCAACAACCACAACCACUACCCCAACAACCACAACACCAACGACAACAACCACUACAACUACAACUACCACUACCCCAACAACAACCACCACUACCCCAACUACAACAACCACUACCCCAACUACAACUACCACGACACCAACAACCACUACCCCAACUACAACUACCACUACCCCAACUACAACUCAACCUCAGCUGAAACUUGUGUGUGAAACUUGCACAAAUGCUAACUGUUCAACCACAGCAGCAGUUACAUGUCCCACAGGCACGAUGUGUAUCACAGCUUCCAUUCAAGCCUUUUCAUCUGGGACUCCUGGACAGCAAAUCUACAAGGCCUGUACCCCCUCCCUGUGUCCAUCCACAGGCUCUCAGACAUUUUCAGUUAACUUGGGUCUUUCGAGUGCACUUGCAAGUGUUACAUGCUGCAGCACAGACAACUGCAACUCCGUCACUCUGCCUUACCCUGCGGUUCCAGCAGAUAACAGUCUACAGUGUCACGUUUGUAACCCCAGCACCUCUGAUUGCAGCCUUUCAAUACAAUGUAAGGGAACAGAGGAUCGCUGCUUUCAAGCCAGUGUGACAAAUGGGGCCGGCACUUCUCCAGCAUGUGGCUGUGCAUCUUUAAAUCUGUGUGAAGCUGCUACCAUCCUGGGGACACUGCCUUUCAUGCAAGAUGUUGGUACCAUUACCAGUGCAGCCUGUUGUGGGACUAGUUUGUGUAACACUCUAACUACAACAACCACUACCCCAACUACAACAACCACUACCCCAACAACCACAACACCAACAACAACCACUACCCCA